UGAUGCAAGGUGGUCAGAUCAACUCCAUCGGCCUUUGCAUGCUGCAGGCCAUGUUUUGAACCCAGGAUUGUAUUAUAAAGCUCAAGAAGAGGGAACUUUACUACAGAGUUUGUGGACCGAGUAUUAUGCAUGUGUUGAGAAGAUGAUCCCCGAUACAUCAAUACAAGAUUUACUAGUCGCUGAGCUUCCUAGGUACAAAAUGGCGUGUGGACUAUUUGGUUGUGGUCCGGCUAAAAGAGCUAGACCCAAGGUCACCGGGUAAGCGAGUUGAUUUAGCUCUUACUUAAAUUAUUCGACUUAUUUAUACUCAUUAACCUUUAAAUUUAUUUUAUUAUAGUGGAAUGGUGGUCACUAUUUGGUAGUGAAACACCAAACUUGCAAAAGUUUGCCAUGAAAGUAUUAAGCCUAACUUGUAGGUCAUCCGGAUGUGAGCGAAAUUGGAGUGUGUUUGAACAUAUUCAUUCCAAAAAGAGGAAUAGGCUUGCACUAUCGCGUCUCAAUGAUCUAGUGUACAUUAAGUACAAUAGAACAUUGAAACGUCGUUAUGAUGCUCGCGAUCUCAUUGAUCCAAUUCGCUUGGAUAACAUUGAUUAUUCAAAUGAAUGGUUAGUUGGAUGCCCCGAAGAUCAAGAAGAUGAACUAGUAUAUGAGGAUGAUGAUCUUACUUGGGGUAGUGUUGCUACGGCAAUUGGAGCUGAUGAGAGUAUCUAUCAUCUUAGGGGACUUUCUUCAAGAUCAAGAGAACUUGACAAGGGCAAAGGAGUAGAAACUACAUCUACAAGUUCAACUUCAAGUAGGACUCGGACACUAAUUGAUGAAGACUACGAUGAGGAGCAAUAUAAUGAUGUAGAGGAUGUUGAUCUUCAAGAGUUGGAUGGUUUUGAAGAAGAAUAGCCUUUUAGAUUUCUAGUAUUACCUUUUGAAUUAUUGGGUCUUUAAAGUUCUAGACUUUUAGUAUCUACUUUUAGUUUUUGAAUUGAAAUAUUUGCCAAUAUAUGUUAUU